UAGUCUUCGAAAAGCCUCUCCCAAAUCCGCAGCCCUAUUAGUUAUGGCCGGUAUAUUUCGUUACAGCAUGCUGUUAGGACUCGCGCCAAAUACCUAAAAAUCGCAAACCCCUAGAGAGAGGCAUACUUUUGGGUGCGCAUAGAAAUCGGGAGAGAUUUCGAGAUCGGGAAAGAGAAGCACCAGCCAGCAAUUUAAUCUUGUUUCGUUUUCUACUCAGUCACAAGCUCACAAUGGCGGAGGGGGAGAUUGACAUUGAAAAGGAGCUGAUAAAGAUGACCUCUGAUGUGGAUGCUGCCAAACGACUAUUCGCCCAAAUCCUUCUAAAUGCGCCGAUCGCCGGUCUUCCGCCCAAAUUGGAUAUAUGUCUGGUUGUGCUGGCCACAGACGUUAGGAGGUCUUAUAAACAUUGCCUAUAAUAGCAGCUCAGGUUUAUCCAGUGACAGUAACCAUAACAACCAUAGCAACAACAGUCUUAGAAGUGACAACGGGAGUGAAUCAUUUUCAUCCCAUUCAACCGUUGAAGGUGAAUGGUUAGAAGUCCUCACUGACAAUGGCCAUUUGCAUAUUGAUAGAAUCCUACCCCUGCUUCCUCCAGCCCCUCCAGAAUUCCCACACUUCUACAAGCAGUGUGUUGAAUGUGCUAUAAAGGCAUUAAUGCAUUAUAAUAAGAAGCACAAGGGUUCUGAGUAUGAGCUUGUCGCUCCCCUGAUUAGUUCUGCCAUUCCUUCAAAUUUUGAAAAAUGCAUGUAUGUCUUUCAUUGUAAUUUCCUAGCAAAGGCCAAGACUUCUACCCCUUCUUCCAGCAAAUCCCUUGUGGAGCUCUUCUAUGCUGAGUUGCAAGCAGUCGGCAUUUUAGAAGCUGAUGAUGAAGUCAUAUAUUGUUGUAUUGUGAGCCCCAGCCCUUCCUUUGGCUCAAGUCCAGCCUCUCUUGAUAUGCAGAUGAUUCAUCCCCCAGACUUACAAUGCUCUUAUUGCGGUAUGGAUGGUGAAUCGGACUCGGAUUGAUGUUAUGCGAUUUGCCUCGACCCCCUUUUGUUUAGAAUCUAUUACUUAAUCUGCAUAAAGUUGACAAAUAAGUUUAACUAUGUUUAUACUCAAAAGAAGACUUGUUUGUUCCUUUCCUUAAUCAUGUAUUCAUAAUUUUUCUCUUUCUUUUAUCGGACAAAACAUAAGAGUACAAGUACCUGAUUAUAAAUGUGUGGUUAAAUGUGCACUCGAGCCACUGAUUU